CAAGAGCGCAAGGGACUAACGAUGCUCAUUUUCUCAGUUUUCAAAACCUUGACAGACCAAACGGUCACAGUCGAGCUCAAGAAUGAUUUAAUGAUCACUGGAGUCCUCAAAUCGGUCGACCAGUUUUUGAACAUUCGUCUGGACAAUAUCAAGGUCUCCGAUGAAGCACGGCAUCCUCACAUGAUGGCCGUGAAGAACUGUUUUAUCCGAGGAUCCGUCGUCCGUUAUGUUCAGCUUCCUGCUGAACACGUUGAUACACAGCUACUGGAGGAUGCUACGCGCAGAGAGGCUGCGAACCAAGCCAAACGAUGAUCUCUCCUCUCGGCCUGCAUGAGAAAGUUCUGGAUCUAUCGUCAUGAGAUAUACAUAGGGCAAUGGGCAUGCACUACGACAACUGAAUGCAAGUUCUGGAAGAAGUUGAGGACGGGAAGACUGCAAUGCGCGCAAUGCGUGGGCCGGAGUUUCACCUGCCUAGCUUUUAGGCGCACUGGUUAUUAUCGACUCCACCCCACAUGUUCCCUACUACCCGUGUACUACAAUACAGCAUCGUGGGGAAACCCCCCAGACUCACGG